CUCCGCCUCGCGCUCCCUCACUCACUCCGCGUGAAACAAAGUGUAGUGUCCGCGAGCCUGCAGGAAGCGAAAACCCGGAGAAAGGAGAGAAAUGGAGCGACUGAAUCUAGAACCAGAGAAGGAAUAAAGAUAUUUACACUUCAAGAAGAACGAGUGAAGAACGGAAGAGAGAACUCAGCGCGAGCAAAACUUUUCAGGCUGAGCCGAGCUCGCGACACCAUGGAUACACUUUUCUCUGCGGCGCUGGGACUCUUGUUUCUCUGCUCCGGAGGUGUCCACGGCCAAUUACCGACAGGAUGGAAGGAGCAGCAGCUCUACACUAAGACCCUUGCAGAUAUCUGAGCUCCUCAACUCAUAGCAGCCAAUCAGGGCAUAGGUGGGCGUGGCCAACAGCAGCUUGUUUUUUAAAGUGACAGAGCCCUGAAACUGCUCAUUCUGGAAGGGAGCUGCACUUUUGAUGAGGGCUUUUCUCAGUGUGAUUACCAACAAGAUCCAUAUGACGACUUUGACUGGACGCACAUCAACACCCAAGAAGUGCCAUAUGUCUCACCAGACCUGCCACAAGGUUCCUACAUGUUUGUGGACGUCUCCCAGUACGACGUUGGAGAGAGGACCCGCUUUCAGCUGCCGGUCAUGAAGGAGAACGACACUCACUGUAUCGACUUCAACUAUCUCCUCAGCAGCCCCGACGGCUCCAGCCCAGGCACCCUCAACGUCCUGGUGAAGGUGAACAAGGGUCCACUGGCACACCCCAUAUGGAACGUGACGACCCACACGGGUAAAGAGUGGCUAAAAGCCGAACUUGCUGUUUCCACCUUCUGGCCAAACGAAUAUCAGGUUAUAUUUGAAGCCGUGGUUUCGGACAGCAAAGCUGGUUUCAUCGCCAUCGACGACAUUCAGGUGCUCAGCUACCCAUGCGAUAAAUCCCCUCAUUUCCUGCGUCUCGGAGACGUGGAGGUGAAUGCUGGGCAGAAUGCCACAUUUCAGUGUAUCGCUACCGGACGGGACACGUCCAACAAUAAACUCUGGCUGCAGCGGAGAAACGGAGAGGAUAUUCCAGUGGCUCAGACCAAAAACAUCAACCACAGACGCUUUGCUGCCUCCUUCCACCUCAAAGAAGUCACCAAUCAGGAUCAAGAUCUGUAUCGCUGUGUCACCCAAUCAGAGCGUGGCUCGGGGGUGUCCAACUUUGCAGGUCUUAUCGUCAGAGAGCCCCCACACCCAAUCGCCCCACCCCAGCUGUUAGGUGUCGGACCCACAUACUUGCUGAUUCAGCUCAACGCUAACUCCAUAUUUGGUGACGGACCAAUCAUACUCAAAGAGGUUGAGUACCGGAUGACAUCAGGCAGCUGGAUAGAGACCCACGCUGUGAAUUCUCCCAACUACAAGCUGUGGCACCUGGAUCCGGACACGGAGUACGAGAUUCGAGUGUUGCUGACUAGACCAGGAGAGGGCGGCACGGGCAAGGCGGGACCACCGCUCAUCACACGCACCAAGUGUGCAGAGCCCAUGCGUACUCCUAAGAGACUGAAGAUUGCUGAAACCAGAUCUCGUUUGAUCGCGGUGGACUGGGAGUCUCUGGGUUACAACAUCACUCGCUGUCACACCUUUAACGUGACGAUCUGUUACCAUUACAUGACUGCCAGCAACCGCAGCAAAGCUGACUGCUUGGAUAUGGAUCCUAAAGCACCACGCCACCUGGUGGGAAACCUGCCUCCCUACACCAACGUCAGUCUAAAGAUGAUUCUGACCAAUCCAGAGGGGCGGAAAGAGAGCGAUGAAACCAUCAUUCAAACUGAUGAGGAUGUUCCAGGUCCUGUUCCCACUCAGUCAUUUAGAGCCACUCCAUCCGAAGAGACAAUCAGCCUUUACUGGAAGGAGCCAGCUGAGCCCAAUGGACUCAUCACACAAUAUGAGAUCAGCUACAUCGGUGUGCGCUCCUUUGACCCCUCAGUGCCUCUGCAGCGGCCAGUACUCACCGUGUCUUUACCUUCAAACGCCACCCAUUACACAUUUUCCCAGCUCCACCCAGGUGUCACCUACCAGCUGUCCAUACGAGCAUCUACCUCCAAAGGGUUUGGGUCGGCAGCUACACUCAACGUGACCACCAACAUCUCAGCGCCGACGAUCGAUGAGUACGACGUGUCAGAGGCCUUUCUAAAUGAAACGGCAACAACGAUCACCGUCCUGCUCAAACCUGCUCAGGCCAAAGGAGCGCCUAUAAGUGCAUACCAGAUUGUUGUGGAGGAGGUGAAUCCUCAGCGAGCACGACGCCAGGCUUCCUCUGAUUGUUAUGAGGUUCCAGUGUCCUUCCACAGUGCAUCGAGUGGUGGUUCUCCAUAUUAUUAUGCUGCCCAGCUCUCCCCCAGCAAUCUGCUCGAGCCUGUUCCUUUCACUGUGGGAGACAACAAGACAUAUCAGGGUUUCUGGAAUCCUCCGCUGGCUCCAAGGAAGAACUACAAUAUCUACCUUCAAGCUGUUAGCAGCACAGAGAGGGAAACUAAGACGCAGUGUCUGAGGCUAGCAGCUAAACGUGCUACAGAGGAACCUGAAGUCAUCCCCGACCCUGCCAAGCAGACAGACCGUGUGGUGAAAAUAGCUGGGAUUAGUGCCGGGGUUCUUGUUUUCAUUCUGCUGGUGCUGGUAGCGAUCCUGUUGGUCAAGAAAAGGAGGACCUACUAUUCAUACUCUUAUUACCUGAAACUGGCGAAAAAACGAAAAGACGUUAUUGGGACGACGAGGCAGGAAAUGACGCACAUGGUGAACGCGAUGGACCGCAGCUACGCUGACCAGAGCACUCUGCAUGGAGAAGACCCCAUGGCUGUCACUUUCAUGGACUCUCACAACUAUAACAACAGAUUGCCCAACGAUCCUCUGGUUCCUACCGCUGUGUUAGUUCCUAUCACAGAUGAGAACCACAGUGGCUCUGCAGCGGAGAACAGCAGGCUCUUGGAUGUUCCUCGCUAUCACUGCGAAGGAACCGAGUCUCCUUAUCAGACCGGCCAGCUGCAUCCUGCCAUCAGGGUGGCCGACCUUCUGCAGCACAUCAACCUCAUGAAAACAUCAGACAGCUACGGCUUCAAGGAGGAAUAUGAAAGCUUCUUCGAGGGCCAGUCGGCAUCCUGGGAUGUAGCAAAGAAAGAUCAGAAUCGUGCAAAAAACCGCUACGGGAACAUCAUAGCGUAUGAUCAUUCACGGGUUAUUCUGCAGCCCAUUGAAGACGACCCCUCCUCCGACUACAUCAACGCCAACUACAUCGAUGUAAGUGGAAACACAUCGAAUGCUACUAUUGGCUCCCAACGAAACCAACGAAACCACACUCCCUCACUCAUUUGGCUGUACAGGGAUGGUUACCAGAGACCAAGUCACUACAUCGCCACUCAAGGUCCUGUUCAUGAGACAGUGUAUGAUUUCUGGAGAAUGGUGUGGCAGGAACAGUCGGCCUGCAUCGUCAUGGUAACCAAUCUGGUAGAGGUUGGAAGGGUGAAGUGCUAUAAGUACUGGCCCGAUGAUGCUGAGCUAUAUGGAGACUUCAAGGUGACGUUUGUGGAGGUGGAGCCUCUUGCUGAAUAUGUGGUCCGUACCUUCACGCUAGAGAGGCGUGGUUUCAACGAGGUGCGUGAGGUCAAGCAGUUCCACUUCACAGGCUGGCCUGAUCACGGAGUUCCAUAUCACGCCACCGGACUACUUUCCUUCAUUCGACGAGUUAAAAUCUCCAAUCCCCCGUCAGCUGGACCGAUCGUUGUCCACUGCAGCGCUGGAGCGGGACGUACGGGCUGUUUCAUCGUCAUCGACAUCAUGCUGGAUAUGGCGGAGAGAGAGGGCGUGGUCGACAUCUACAACUGUGUGAAAGCUCUUCGCUCCAGGAGGAUCAACAUGGUACAGACUGAGGAGCAGUACAUUUUCAUCCACGAUGCCAUACUGGAGGCGUGUCUGUGCGGAGAGACGGCCAUACCGGUCUGUGAGUUCAAAGCAGCCUUUUACGAGCUGAUCCGCAUCGACUCCCAGACCAACUCCUCCCACCUGAAGGAUGAGUUCCAGACAUUAAACUCAGUGACUCCACAGCCGCAGCCAGAGGACUGCAGCAUCGCAUUGUUGCCUAGAAACCAAGAUAAGAACCGCUUCAUGGAUGGUCUUCCUCCUGAUCGGUGCCUGCCCUUCCUCAUCACGAUCGACGGAGAAAGCAGCAACUACAUCAACGCAGCUCUGAUGGAUCUGUCAGAAGAGUUCCAGAGCUACAGACAGCCUGCAGCGUUCAUCGUUACCCAGCAUCCUUUGCCCAACACCGUCAAGGACUUUUGGCGACUUGUUUACGACUACGGAUGUACCAGCCUGGUGAUGCUGAAUGAGAUCGACUUGGCUCAGGGUUGUCCUCAGUACUGGCCAGAGGAGGGCAUGCUGCGCUACGGUCCGGUCCAGGUGGAAUGUAUGUCCUGCUCCAUGGACUGUGAUGUCAUCAGCAGGCUCUUCAGAGUCUGCAACCUCACCAGACCUCAGGAAGGCUACCUGAUGGUCCGCCAGUUCCAGUACCUGGGAUGGGCGGGGCAUAGAGACGUCCCCACCUCCAAACGCUCCUUCCUCAAGCUGAUCCUUCAGGUGGAUCAGUGGCAGCGUGAAGGAGAGGAGGGAGAAGGAAGAACAAUCGUGCACUGUCUAAACGGAGGCGGCAGAAGUGGAGUGUUUUGUGCCAGCAGCAUCGUGUGUGAAAUGGUGAAGAGACAGAACGUGGUGGACGUCUUCCACGCUGUGAAGACACUGAGGAACAGCAAACCCAACAUGGUGGACACUCCGGAGCAGUACCGCUUCUGCUAUGAUCUGGCUCUGGAGUUCAUCGAAUCGUCCUGAAUAGUCAAUGGAGAGGGGGGAGCGAAGAACAGCUGGAGAUUUGAUCCUUUGCUUAUGUUUUUGUCCUGACCCCUUCCGUGGUGUCCUGUAGCAUCAUUUCUUUGUCUCACAAACAACGUAAAGCUGCUUGACCAGCAUUGUUCUGCAAAGGGAAAUGUUCCGAUUUUUUACCGGACUGAUUGGGUUCCUUUAUGCUGACUGUACAGCGGCCCUGUGUAUGUUUUGGACCCCAGUUUAAACGUCACGCCUCUCACCUCUCCGCCACGGACUUGAUGCAUUGUGCCGUUUUGGCUGCAGUUCUCUGUGUGCCCUGGAGAUGUCUCCCUUCCCUUUGAAGCUGUAGUCACAGCUUUUGAUAAACUGCAAGUCGGUGUUUUCUGUGGACUCACGACCCCACACUUCUGAUCAUUUUAAAGACUUUACCAGCACUGAUCAUGUCAUCAUGGUGACUUUUAUUAUUUCCCCUUUUUUUCUGAGCGUUUGCAGCCAGGAAUCCCAAGCCCAGCCAAACUGUUUGUGCUUCAUGUUAGAUGCCUGAUCCCCUUGGUCAGGUCUGAGCCAUCAUGUAUGAGUCUGUUUUAUUUGGUACAAAGAAAAAACAACAGGAUGCAGAUGAAGAGAUAUACAUAUGUGUAAAUACAAGCUUUUGUUGUUUUGUUAGCUUUUGUUGCUGAUUUAGUGGUUUUAGUCUUCUUUGUAUCACAAAUUGUAAAAUAGUUCAUAAUCAUGUUUGUUUCAGGGCUGGGCCCGAUGCACUUUCCACUCGGCCAGUUCCCAGACACAUCUCAUGUUCAGUCAGAGGUCAGAGGUCAGCCCGCUCUGAGAGAGAGAGAGGUGUUUUUAGAGCUAGAACCGAAUUGGGCUUCGUUUGUUCGGUGCACUGGCGGCCAACACUUGUUUUGUUUUUAUAUUAUUAUUGUUAUUAUUUUGUAGCUGAUGUUUAUUCAUAAAGCCAAAGACUUUGUGUAAAUAUGUUUAUAUGGAUAAAGCACAUUGUUUGUAUUUAUUGUUUGUUUACUUGCAUUGCUUGUAAGAACAAUCAUUUUCAUUCCAUGUUUACUCGACCGCCGGCGUUGCUUAAACCGAGUUCUGGGAUGCAGAGCGGCCCGUUUCACCUGGAGGACGUGAUUACCGUGAGGUCCAUGAAGACGAGUUUAAGACGCCCUGAUGGAAGCUGUAUCAUAAAAGCUUUAGAAGUAGGUUUCCAGUAUUUAGACGGAGCCCAGUAGUAUUGUCUUUGUUUUCACUGAAUCUCUGUGUUGUUCCUGUUUUUGUUUUAUUUUUGUGUCAAAGCUCACCGCUCUGUUCACGCUCAGCAUCCCUGAGCUCCUGUCUGUUUAUCCCAGAACACAGAGCGAUGCAAACAGACUCGGUGAACGAACCGCACCAAACCGUGACACAAACGUGUUUAUCGUGCCUAAUCGUUUAAUUUUUCCUUGCUUAAACGAGCAUUUUAUCAAGCUAUUCUCUCAUGGACUUUCAGUGUUUCAAGACCCAUCAUCCAUUGUGUUUAUUUAGCCUCUUUGUGAGGCUACUGAAGACCAGAUGUUUCUUAGUGAUCUCAAAAAAAUCUUUAUUGUAAAUAAAUAAAAACGUCAGCUGUUUGACUCGGUUUGAGCAGCUCAUGACAGAAGACUACCGCUAGGGCUCUACUGUGGGAUGAACAGUAGAUAUGAAAUGUCGGAACAUUUGUUCUUUUGUAGAUUAAAAAGGUCAGAUUGUACUCCUGGAAGAUUCAGCCUCUUAAAAGAUGAUGUUUAAAUAUUAUUAUAGUUUUUACUGAUUGAAGUGGUUUAUUUUGUUAGCUUCUGUUUUCUUAUUUGAGGAAAUUUGAAGGUCCGUAGUAAUUCCAAAGGGAUCUGAUGUAAGAGUUGUUUACAGACAGCUCAUAGACUCUCUUAGCCACAUUUAAAGGGAACGCCUGUAAGAAAUCCCUGCUGUCGUUUGGAGUUAUGGUCCUGAAGAAUGAAGCGGGCGUCCGGAUGAAAGGCCAGUCUAAGUUUGACGUUAAUACUCAUGGUUCAUAAUUAUUCUUGUCUGUAACGUUUGGCUUCUUUGCUGUAAUAAAAACCACUUCUUUAACUAAA